GGGCUUUCCUUACUACCUGAAAGUCAACUACUCCUGUAUGGGAAAGGAUGACGAGGAGCUGUCCCGAAAGGGCCACCUGAUGGGGAUGAGACCCGUGGUCCUGAUCAGCUACAAGUACCCAGUCAAUUUCUAUCACUGGAAGAUUGAAAAUCUGCAGAUACAGAUGGAGGCCGCCCCAUUGCGCAGCUCAGGGUUCUGCAUAGCAGAGAUCGUGUGUGCCUUGAACUGGUAUGUACCCAUGCCCAUCAAAAAUGGCAGCGUAGUCAUGAGUGUGGACAUCCGCAGCAAUGGCUUGGGGCCCUACAUUCAUCUAACAAGGUAUUCAAGCCCAGGGCACACUCAGGAAUGCCAACCCCCAGACUCCCAAAGAAAGCAGGGGAGGCAAAAGGGAGGAGCGGGGGAAGGUGGCCAUGAGCUGUGAGGUACCCCUGAGACGGCGUUCCUCACCGGGGCCUGCUUGCAGGUUCUAUAUGAAUAUGAAUGGCUUCUUGAAGAGAGAUGAGAGUGGUAAACUACUCUUCACCAUGGGAUAUGAGACCUUUAUUCUGAAGACUGCACACUUCAAGCGUUCCAAAUCGAGACCCUUGUGGUACACGAUAAACCAUUCACCUGUGUUCAUCCUCGGCGGGAUCGAAGACGAAAAGACCAUCUUGCUCUCAGACACCAGUUUCCAGGACUACUCUCUUGUGGAGCUGAGCAUUGACAGUUGCUGGGUUGGCUCCUACUACUGUCCGAUGCUGGAAUUCUCAGCCACCAUCCAUGAUGCCAUCUCCACCGAGAGCACGCUCUUUAUUCGACAGAACCAGCUCGUCUACUAUUUCACAGGUAGCUGGGUGCGUGUCCUGGCUAGCGAGUGCAUCAAGAGACUGUGCCCUGUAUUCAUCCAUGGCAAUGGCUCUGAGUACAUCCUGGCCCUUACCACUGGCAAGCACGAAGGUUACAUUCACAUCGGGACCAUCACAGGUACCAACUGCUCCAUCAACUGGGCUACAUACAUCACCGAUGAGAAGAUACUGCUAUUGCUGGUGCAGGUCCUGUCCUGGGAUUCAGCUUUGGUCUACAACCUAGUCAGCUUUAAUUUAGAGACCCAGAAUCUGGAAGUUCUCUACGUACUACCAUUGUUUAUCCCAGAAGCUCAGGGUUUGGACUUCCUGGUGUUAGACGGGACAGAGCCCUAUACCACCACUUCUAUGGUACCCAAGGGCUUGUUCUUCAACACAUUCAACAAUAUGCUGUACAUCUGGGGCAAUUUCAUCCUUCAAAGCUACAAUAGGAUUCACUUCAUUUACCUGGCGGACUUCCCAAAGGAGUCCACCAUCAAAUAUAUGGUCAACUCUUACCAAGGAGACAUGGCUUUUGUCACAGAAAAAGAUGAGAUCUGGUACUUUCUGGAAGGUGGCUAUGACGUAUACCAGAUUAUCCCAUCCAAAGGCUGGAGUAUCUACUUUAACCUGCAAAAGAUGCACCAGUCAUCCCUCUUUGCGGAACAAGAGUUCCUGGUCAGCGUCUUCUAUGAAGACGGGCAGCUCUACCAGCUGAUAUAUCUUCUGGAGUCCGGGAAUGAACGUUUGGUCAAGAGGGUGUUGCCUGUGGCUCAGUUGCUGCUGUACAACCAGAACAACCCUGUCACACUGCAGAAGCAUGGGAGCUACAGGAUGCCUUUCUUCACCAACUUCUGCCCUUUCAAGGUGAUGCGUCUCCGUGACCUGCCCAAAAAACAGCAUUUCGCACGUCAGGAGCUCUACCACGCUCCACCACCUCUGGUCUCAGAAUCCCUGGGCUUCCACAAUAAUAAGACACUUGCUGUCUAUCAAGGCCUUGUUUAUUACCUGCUGUGGCUGCACUCCAAUUAUGACAAGCCCUACGCGGACCCCGUGCACGAUCCCACCUGGCGCUGGUGGGAGCAAAAAACGCAGUACAAGGAUUACUACUUCUACCUAUCCAGCAACUGGCUGGCGGCGGAAGGCGUGUACAUCGACAUGAGCAGCUACCAAAAGCUCUACAACAUCUCCAACGACUACGGGCUGCCCGAGACCGUCUUCCUGGACAAGGGCAACGCGUUUAGCUUCACCAUCUUUCUGUCCUCGGAUGAUGACACCUUCAAGCUCAACUCCAACCCCGUCACCGGCUACCAGGUGGAGAAGAAGUUGGCAGUGGCUGUGGCAGUGGCAGAUCCUGACUGCCUUAAGGCGUCUGUGAAACAGGAGGUCCUUCUUAAUCGCAAAGCAGUGCUCUACAGGAUUACAAUCAAGGACAGAAAGGUCUGCUAUGAUCAGGGUCUCAGUGGACAUAACCUCAAGAAGACUUCCAUGAUGGUCAAAGUGUUGGGAUCUUCCGGAAAAUGCUUCCAGACCUCCUACAGUGGGACAAGCAUGCAAGGUCACUUGAUGGUGCCAGUGUUAAUCGGCUGUCCCCCUGGCAAGCGCCUGGCCUUCGAUGUCACCUACACGAUCCUGCACUCCCGGGAGUUAAACAAGCACUAUUUUGACUGUGGGCGGACGAACCCUGAGAUGCCGUGCUUUCUCUUUCGUGACUGUGUGUUCCAUCCCUUCUCCCGAGUUCACUGUCCUCCUGUCCUGGCCAUUUUGUCACCCCUCCCGAGUUCCCUUUGCGUACAACCUUCUGCUCCAACCCCGAGUUCCCCUCCCCUUCCUUCCUGCUCCUCUCUGGACAAAGCUAAUUUCUUUCUCCCCUCCUCUCCUUCGCACCCCACAGUGUUUCAGCCCUUCUUCUUAAUCCAAGACAUGGUGACCGGAGACUCUGGCAGUUUCCUGGGCAGCUACUUACUAAAAGUGGUGGGUGGCGGCCACACGAUUGACACCAUCAGAGACUACACAGAGGAAGAAAUCUACCAUUACAACAGCCCACUGGACAAGACCAAUAGCCUUAUCUGGAAAACAAAGGUGGAAAGGACCACUUUGGACAAGAAGUUCUAUAUCAUGUCCUAUCAGAGCCCGGGAAUUGAGUGGCUUUGUUUAGAGAACUCCCCAUGCCACGAUAUCACCCCUCAGAACAUCUUUGCACCUGAAUUCUUCCUCAAGUUGCUGGUGAGCAACAGAGGAGUCGACACGAGCACAUACUGUGACUACCAGCUCAUCUUUGUGCUGCACAUGCAUGGACUACCGCUCAGCGGCAAGCGGUCACUCUUCAUUGUCAUUGUGUCCAUCAGCCUGCUCGUGGGCCUGGUGGUCUUCUACAUCCUGUUCCUCCUCCUGUGGCCCCACAUC